AAGUUUAACGACUUUUAAAAAAUUAAUAUUUACUUUGAUCUGGAUUUUACCCAAUAAUCUGGAUUUGAGUCAUUCUUUUCCCAAAGUAUUUUCUACCUUGUGUUUUUCUUUAGGAUAUAUUCCAUAUUUCGUGAUUAAUGUACACUGAUUGAGUCACACUAACAAACUUAAAUAAUACUGCCUUGAUAAUUAUAAAGCUUUCAGGAGUAAUGCUUCAUUAGAUAGCUAGAGAAAACCCACGAAACAACAACAAAUACCAAAUAAAAGUGUGACAUUAAAGGGACGAGAUACUGUACAACAAAUUACUUAAAAUUUGUUCGCGCCAACUAUUCAACGAUCUUAUCUUUUAAAUAUUUUUCAGUAUCGCUUUGUUAUCCCAGCAGGUUCCGACGAAGCACUUCAUAUGAUUUUACAAUUGGCUAAUUAUGGUGUUAGACAGUAGGUUGACCGUUUAAAUUUACAAUCAGUAUCUAGAAAAACGUUUUAUUGUUCUGUUUUUUUUCAUUUUUUAAAAUUUCAUUUCUGUGUUUUAGUUUGUCCUCAGUAUAAUCCACCAUGAAGAAUAAUAGAUUAGCUCAUUAUCGUAAUAAUUGAUCUAUGGUCUUUUCGAAAUCUUAAGUGUUACUUCAUUGUUUCGGGCUUUUGUAGAUUGGCGAGUGCUCAAAUAUUGUUAGUGGCCAACAUAUUAAUGUGAUACAGCCAUAAUGAUAAAGAAAAGGGUCUAGAAGUCCAACCAAUUAGUUUUUUAUUUUCAAAGCAAGUUAUUACACAUAGUUCUGAAACACCAUUUUACAUGUACGUAUUUGAAACAUACCAAGCACCCUCAAGUUUUUGUUCAGGAUAUUCAGGAGAUGUGGCGUUUUUGUGUGAUAAAAAUCUACAUAUAUGCUGUAGAUUGAUCAGAGAACUCAUAAACUAUUAUUCAGUGCCAGAGAGGCUGACAAAAACGAAGUACCUGCCAAAUUACAUCGAAAAUCUGGGUGUGGGUGGUAAAGUUUGGUGUUGUUCAUAGACACCACUGAUUAUAUUCACCUGAUCACAAUCCUCUGUUAACUACUAUAUAGUUGUCUAACUUCGAUUACGGCGUCUCUAGUGAUACAUUUUACUUGUUUGCUACUGCGUUUGAGUUCAGAUACUGCGAAAACGUCUUUCGAUCGAUAGUACGAAAUACAAUGAUGCUGUUAUAAAUAUUAGGUAGUAGUCAAUAAACGACACCAAAAAGAUAAGAAAUGGUGAUAGAUUGGAGAGAGUUUUGUGUUAUUCAGAGCAUAUGGGAGUGUGUGGCUUCUUAGUUGAUAAUCUUAUCAAAAUACUGAAGAGGAAGUUUGGUGUUUGUUCUUCAACCCCUUAAACGACAGGUGACUUGACUGGAUCAUUUAGCUGAUGUAUUUAUUGUUGCCCUAACGUGAACUGGAAAAAGUGUUAUUACCAUUAGUUUGCUUAAACAAUCUAUAUGCAAACUCCCACCUAUUGCCUAAUGGAUAAGUGAUUAAUACUACGUGGUUUGCACUGGUUAUUUUUCGCUCAUUUGCCUGAAUUUAGUUGCAAUAAUUAAAUCAACUUGAAGUAAUGAUAGAGCGAAUCGGACUUAUUCUGAUCAAUGCAACAGACUUAUUUGAAUCACAUUACGUAUGAUAAACUGCACACUUGCCUAGGCUAGUAAAUGAAAUACAAUUCAAUUUUAACAACCCUAGACUACUAAAUCAUGGCUAAAGUUUUUCGUAAGUCAGGUUGAUCUUGUCACUCGUAUUUUUUGUUCCGAAAAAAUACUCAUUUUUUUCUGCUUUCUAAAUUCAUCAGGCUCUUGGUCGAUGACUGUUAUACAAGUUGGUCGCAGUUCGACUUACACCUAAAAAUUUUACUUACUCAGAACUCGUCCAAUUUACUGGAUAAGUUGGAUGUACUAAUCCGUAGUCAACAUUUUCAAGAUUCGUUUCAUUUACCUUCAUAUGAAAUUAUAGAGACUUCUUUUGAUUGUAAACUGCAACGGUUGGAUAAUACUGAAACUAUUUCUGGGAAAAUGUUUUUAUCUCCUCAAUUUAUUUGUUACUGUUCGUCGGGUGAAAGCACUAAGAUUAUUCUUCCUCUACGCGAAAUAAUUUCAGCCGAAGAAUUUCCACAAAGGGAUUCAACUUCCACAGGAGGAGUCAUCAUAAUAACAGCUGAUAAACUUGUUUAUAUAUUUACUGGUAUUGUCGGAUCCGAGGAUAUUCUAAAGAAAAUUGGCAGUAAUUUGGAAGUAUCAAGAGGCACUAAAUCUGAACCUUCAAAUGUCAUAACUUCAAUAGCAAGUUCGUUUAACGAUAGUCUAACAGUUAUUAGUUCACCAAAUACUACUAGUCAGUUAAAUUUUCCAAAUGGAUCCGGAUGCUUCGCUAGUCGUUAUUCUUAUAAUAAUCCUUUCAGCGUAGAUAAUCCUGAUGAUGAAAAUAAACGUUUAGAUGAUUGGAAGGAAUAUUUUGAAGAGUUUGGGUCUGGCAUGUCAAUGUAUCGGAAUGAACGUCUUAAACACCUUGUUUUAAAUGGAUUACCUGAAGGAAAACGAGGAAUUUUAUGGAUGAUUUUAAGUGGAGCUGAAAAUGAGAUGUUUGCCAAUCCAGGUUAUUAUGAUAAAUUAAUCAAUGGUGUUCAAGGAUGCAAUAAUUUUGUCAAUGAAGAAAUUGAACGGGAUUUACACCGUUCAUUCCCGGAACAUCCUGCUUAUCAUACACCAGAGGGUAUUCAGUCUCUUCGACGAGUUCUUACUGCGUAUGCUUAUCGUAAUCCUAAUGUUGGAUACUGUCAAUCAAUGAAUAUAGUAGCCAGUGUUUUAUUACUGUAUUGUACAGAAGAACAAUCAUUUUGGUUAUUGACAGCAAUCUGUGAACGUUUACUACCUGAUUACUAUGAUAGUCGUGUUGCUGGUGUACGCGUUGAUCAACAAGUACUUCAUGCUUUAGUCGUUGAAUAUAUUCCAGAAUUAAAAUCAGUUUUACAAAUUCCAGUACAAGAUAGUUUGAGAAAUAUUGUCACUUCUGAAUAUAAUAUUGAAUCAAUGGUUGGCGGUUUUUCAACAGCUUCCAAUCAUCAUUAUAUGUGUCAGUCAUUAGGCUCAGAACUAAUCAGUAUGCUACCAUUAAGCUGGUUCUUGACGUUGUUUUUAAAUACUAUGUCAUUUCAUUGUGCUGUUUACGUUUUGGAUUUUUUCUUUUAUGGUGGAGCUCGUGUUAUUUUCCAAAUAGCAUUAGAUGUACUUCGUCAGCAUACAUCGUUUAUCAAGAAAUCUGUUGAACAAAACGAUGACAGUAGUGUUUUAACUAAACUGAAUGCAUAUUUUAAUAAAUUACGUCAUCAAGAUCAUACAUCAAAUGAAUCUAUAUAUAAUCUGUUAACUUCAGCUGAUCGGAAUUUUAAUAUUACAAAUGAACUUAUCGAUCGGAUGCGUUUACAAUAUCGACCUAAAGUAAUUCAAUCACUUAGUGAUUACACGUCUAAAGAAGUUAUAAGAAGUUUAGAUCGUGAAUGUCCUGGCGAUCUGAUCAUGCUUUUUGAAUGUUACAGAGACCACUAUAUUCUUUCGAAAUAUGAGCGAAUCCAUCAAAUAGCGCCAGCUAAAACUCAUAAUGAAACAAAUAAUCCAAAUCGUCCAGCUUAUGAUGUUCAUCGUAUUGACGCACGUCAAUUUAAUAGUCUAUUUCAGGGAUUAGUUCCAUGGGGUGCUGCAGCUCAACGUUUAGGCUUUCCAUGCUUUCAUCUACUAGAUCAAGAUGAAGAUAAUCUAAUUAACUUUAAGAGUUUUGUUUGGUUAAUGGAAAGUAUAUGUGGUCAUGAUCUAAAUACAAAACUACGUUUAUUAUUCUUAUUACAUCGGUCUCCUUACUGGGUUACAUCUGAACAAGGAAAUGAAUCCAAGUGGGAUAUACUAGGUGGAAUGCUGCCAUCCAACAAUAUCGAAAGUUGUAAAAAAGAUAGUAAUAAUUCGAUUUCUUGUGAUACAAGUAUUGACAGUUAUCAUAUCUGUUCUAAAUCAGAUUUCGAUACAGUAGAGAUCGGUACUGAUAUUAUAGCUGAGGAGUGUAUAGAACAACACCACACAGCUGAUAAUACAAAUGAUGGAUUUUCAAAAAGUCAUGUUUCCGGAUAUACUUUAGAAAUUGCACAUGAAAUUCCAAUUGUUAUUCCUGAUCCUUUAGGUUUCAUCAGCAACAAAUACAGUUCAAGAGAUAUAAGUGAACAGGUUUCACUGAAUUAUAAUCAGUUUCAAUGUUUAACGGAGACAAUACGAGUAAUCGUAGAAAGUGUAGACGAAGAUAAAGAAGAAAUGUUGGAUUCUGUCAAUUGUUUAUUCCUUGAAUUGUUCACACAAGAAUUACAAAAUAUUGAACGAUUUAAUAAUUAUACUUCGUCCAGUUCAACUGACAACGUUAGUAUGCAUGGCAUGAAAUAUAACGAUGGACGUCCUAGUGUUGAAAGGAUGAUUCAGUCAUUUUGGAGAUUGAAAUUAUGUGAUUUUCAGAAAGCUUUCUGGAAACAGGUAUUGUUACGCAACCAUUUCUCCAAAGAACUAUCUAUUGAAAGACAAUGCUCUAAGUUUCGGGAUUGGCUUUAUUGUGGCUAAAAUUGUAUAUCCCUCAACUAUUUGAUUUCCCUCUGUAUUCUAAAGUCUCAUUAUCAUUGUAUUUCAAUAUUUCAUCCUUCCACUUCCGUACAGUGGUGUUAAUUCUGUACAAGUUUAUAGAUGUCUUUUUCUGUCGUGUUUUCAUAUUUUUGGUAAAGAAUUUAUUUAUUCACUGUUUAACUAUAAUUUCUAUUGUUUUUAGAUAGUAUCGUUGCAUAAUUUUGUGGCUUCCCUGAUUUUUAAAUCAAUAUCCCUCCCCUUCCUUUCAACCCGGUAAUAUUGAACGUUUUAAAUGAUUUGAACUUUUUAUAAAUGAAAACUUCAUUUGGCAAAAAUAAGUCUUUCCAAAAUAAAUUUAUUGUCUCUUUUACCAAUGGUAAUAACUAAUACUUCAUGAUCACAUAUUGUCACAGUAAGUGACGAUAUCUCAGUUUUUUUGUUUUUCUUAUUUUAAUUGUUCAACAUAUGAUCUGAUUAUCUCUCGUUAACUUCCUUGUUAUUUGUUGCACUUUGCUUUUGUUGUCACAGGUGUUUUCUUUGCUGACUUUUUUAAAAAUAAUAUCGUAGAUGUUACAAAUUUCUCGAAUCUCAUUCAGAAAUACUUUAAAUAAAAUUGAUACAGUAGG